CCUCAUCUCCAGUCCCUAGUGAAGAUCUGGUCCUGAAAGCUAUCAAUGAUCUCAGAAACAAAAGAGAAUCAAACAUCAGUGAUUCUGUGAAGCUGACGAAUGUCACCUAUGAGAAAAUCUCAGAGACCUCUUAUGCAGUCAUCUUUACAUUUACUCUGAGUAACAUCAGCAUGCCAGAGGACCCAGAGCUCAGAAACAGUACUUCCAAACAAGUGCAGGACAUGAUCAACGAUGUGCUGAACACUCUUCUGAAUGACCCUGACAGUAAGAAGAUUGAACCCACCUCCUCCAAUUUUUAGAGCGCAUCAGACAAAAUCAAUGCCAAUGUGGACUACACCUUCCAAGACAGCGAUGAGAAACGACCUGUCAGCUUCCUCAAUGAGCUCCGUUCACUGAUGGGACUGACCACUACAACAGUGCCUCCACAGGCAAGCGUCUUCCCUGUGACAUCUGUACUGGAAACAUCUGGUUCAGCAGAGGUGACAAGCAGACUAGUGUUCAACUCCUCAUCUCCAGUCCCCAGUGAAGAUCUGGUGCUCAGCGCUGUCAACAGUCUCAGAAACUCUAGAGAGUCAAAACUUGAUAAAUCAGUGAAGCUAAAGAAUGUGACCUAUGAAAAAAUCUCAGACACCUCCUAUGCGGUCAUCUUUAAAUUUAGUCUGACUAAAGUCAGCAUGUCUAACUCUGUCGAGAAAGUGCUGUAUAGUACCAACACUGCGCUCAACACUCUACUGAAUGAGCCUGCAAUACCUUUUGAUGCCACACUCUCCAAUUUCACGAAAAACGAGAAGCAGAUUGAUGUUUUGAUGGGCCAUGUCUUCAAUGAUAAAGAUGUAAUAAAACCUGUCAGUUUCUUAAAAGAGCUUGAGUCACAAAAACUAUCUCAGACCAAACUUAUAGAAGGGAAGGCGGUUAUUCGCAUUCGCAUUCUGGUUGAAACGCUGGGCCCCAUACCUAAGGAAAAUGCAAUUCUGGGGUUGGUGUACUCUUUGCUGGAUGCACGUUUUACAACUAAACAAAAUGGUAGAACGGAAAAGCUUGGUGAACCCGUCAGCUUUCAGAACGUGUCCUUUCAUAGAAUUUCUGAUCAUUCAUAUGCCCUCGACUUUGGAUUUGAGAUCAACAACGUCUCAAUGGCAGAGAACAAAGGAAACAGAAAUAACACCUUCAAAAUUAUCAAAGACGCUAUAAAUAAAUUGCUAAAUGAAAUCCUCAAAGAAAACUCAUCAGCUGAUAAGAUCAAUUUUGAUGAGGUCGAUUUCAAGAAUGACUUUGCUGAGAUCACGGCAGAUGUGGUUUAUAGCGUCUCAAAAAGCAACAUCAAGGCUCCCAGUAAAUUUCUCUUCAAACUUUUUGAAGACAUAACUCCGAGCAGACUUGGAACGGUAAUCAUUGACAUUCGGCUUGUGUUUAAAACGCGAGGCCCCAUACCAACUGAGAGUUCUGUUCUACAGUUAGCCAACUCUCUGCUAGACUCACGACUCAGAACCAAACGAGAAGUGACAAAACUCAAUGACCCUGUGAGCUCUGUGAAUGUCACCUAUACAAAACUUUCUAACAACUCGUAUGCCCUCAAUUUUGGAUUUGAAAUCAUCAAUGUUAAUAUGUCUGAGAGACUUGUACUCAGGAACAGCACAUAUGAUCUAAUCCAGGACUCUAUUAAUAAACUGCUGAACCAGAUCUUAAACGACCCAAAAGGCACUCCAUUUGUGUUCGAUAGGGCCAAAUUCACGGGCAAUACCACUGUGAUUAAGGCAGAUGUUGAGUAUGUUUUCUCAGAUGAUGACAUCAAGUUUCCCAGUCCUUUCCUCAAAGAACUUCUCUAUGUUAAUAGUGACACUACCACCGCUGCACCUACAACCACAUUCUUUCCCAUCGUGGUAAACACUACACCAAACAACAGCACUAGUGUGACGUGGAUUGUGGCUAUAAUCGUACCCUGUGCUAUAGCCAUCAUGCUUAUACCUUGCUGGAUUCUACUUUGCUGUUUGCUGUGUGGUUGCUGUGCCCGAUUAAGACAACGCUGGCACAGAAGACGGUCAUACAACGUGCAGUACACCACUCGAAACAGCAUCUUCUAAUAAAUUUAAAAGACAAACGGAAAAAAAACAGCAACUCAAGCAACUGUAACGCACGACUUCAGCACACUGUUAAAAAUUACUUUCUCUGUUUCUAAUUAAAAAUGUACCAUUGAUUAAUUUAUGGUAAUAUUUAACUUGGCAAUGAUUAUGGUAACUUAGAGCUUUUAUAAUACUAUUUAUUUUCUUCCUGUAUUGCUGGACAGACAGGAGCUGCACAAAAUUGUAAUGAAAGUGAUUUAUUUUUCUGAACUGUAUUAUGUGAUGAAAACAUUAUUUAUUAAUACCUGUGCAAUGUUUACAAUGGUUUACAAGGUUGAUUUUUUCCUACAAAUUAUUAAUUUAUUAAAUGUUACACAUUUCAGUAUAAUGGGCAAAUGUGACAAAAUUUAAUUUAUUUAUACAAAUUAAACUUAUU